AUGGCGGCGGCGGCGGCGGGCGCGGGCGGCAGGGCCGCGCUGCAGCGGGGGCGGCGGCGCCGCAGGCGGGAACGGCCCCGGGCGGCCGCCGGGACGGAGGGAGCGGAAGAAGAGGAAGAUGAGGAGGAGGAGGAAGGCGAAGCGGCGGCGGAGUGCCCGCUGUGCCGGCAGGCUCUGCGGGAGGCGGUGACGCCGCCCUGCCGCCACUCGCUGUGCCCUGCCUGCUUCCAGCGCUGCCUGCAGGGCCCCGGGCUCUGCUGCCCGCUCUGCCGCGGCCGCUUCUCCGCCAGGGCCCGGCGGCAGCAGGCCACCGGCGACACCGCGGACGCCACGGCGGGAGGAGGAGGAGGAGAGCAGCGGCAGCCGGAGCAAGACUUUGUGUUCAGAGCCCCCAUUAAGCUGAGGAGGCCUGGGGAGCUCCGGGAGGAGCAUGAGAGCCACCUGAGGAAGCUGAGAGAAGAAAAACUCCAAGAAGAAAAAUCUUCUGAGGACCUGCUCCACAAAUUGGUUCUGGAUGAGCUGGAAGGUGGCAAAAGGAAAAUGGAGGAGCAGCAGAAGAAGGAGGAAGCUCUGGGGCUGAGGGUCAACCAGGAGGCUCUCCCUGAGCGCCUCUCGGACUCGGAGAACGAGGAACCCCCCCAGGGCAGGCACAGCCACGGCCACCGCUCGGCUUUCGUCUCCAAGAGCACUGCCUACUCCUUGGCCUUCCUCUCAGGGAACCUGAGCUCCAAGGUGGAAAGGAGUCGGAGCUGCACCGACACCGUUCAGGAGAGGUCAAAGAGCAGGCAGAGAUCAGCCCCAGCCAACAAGAGCAAGGUGCCAGGUGUCAGCAGCACCUCAGCCCCCCUGCUGGGGGUCCUCUCCUCCACGCAGAACCAUCGCUGCCUCUCUGCUCCGGACCUGAGCGGGGCUGAGAAGCGUCAAGUCCUCAACCCUGUGUCCUCCUUCUCUGCCCUCCAGAGGGGGCCCGAGAGGUCGAUCAGCCCCGAAAGCAACGACAGCAUCUCGGAGGAGCUCAACCACUUCAAACCUAUCGUCUGUUCCCCUUGCACCCCUCCCAAAAGGCUUCCUGAUGGGAGGGUUUUGAGCCCUCUCAUCAUCAAAUCCACGCCCAGGAACCUCAACCGGAGCCUCCAGAAGGCGACCACCUACGAGGCCAGCCCCAGGAUCCUGAAGAAGUGGGAACAGAUCUUCCAGGAGCGGCAGAUCAAAAAGACUCUUUGCAAAGCCACCCUCACCUCCUCGGCCUCGGAGCCAGGAGAAGACAUUCCCGAGGUCACCAACUCCAGUGGUGGCACUAAAGAGCAGCCCCAAGUUCGGGCUGAUCACCACCACCACCUCCUCCUUCCACCUGACCCUCGCCCCGAGCUGGAGUCGUCUGCUCCUUCCAUCAGUGCAAGCAGGCUGGGAGGAGGGAGCGAGGAGAAGAAAGCUGCCCCAGCCUUGCCAGCAGAGGACAUGGCCGAGGAGCCAGGCAGCAGGUCCAGUGUCACCACCCAAAACCCACCAGAGGUCCCAGGCCUCAAAGUCAGCCCUUUGCUGGACAAACCUUGCCUUGGCCUUGGCCCCAAAGCGCUCAGCAGGAGGCUGCUGGGGGUCACCUCCUCGCUACCUGACGGCGGCACCCUGGGGAUGCCUCUGAAGGCAGCAGGCAAGAAGCAGCUGAAGUUCCUGCACAGCAGUGAGGUGCUCAAUGUGCAGACCACCACCAGCAGCAGCAGCAGCACCUGCAGCUCCGUGGAGAACAUCGUGGGGGACCAAGGCCCUGCCCUGCGCCGGGGCCGCAAGAGGCGCUGCAAGACCAAGCACCUGGAGCACGCUGCCAACGGCGCCAUCAAGAGGCUGAGGCAGGGUGGGGAGGUGACCUCCUUAGCUCCUGAGGAGCGCUUGGUCCUGGAGAUGGAGCAGAAGGUGCAGCAGGAGGAGGAGGACAGGAGGUUAGCCCUGCAGCUGCAGAGGAUUUUCGACAGCGAGAACAGGACGCUGGAGAGGAGGAAAGUCAGGGUGGAGCGGUACCUGCUGAGGUCCAAGAGCACUCUGGGGGCUAAGUAGCACUUGGGGGACCAUGUUGCCUUGCUAGGGGACAGGGAGGUGGCCUUCUGGAGGACAGGGAGGUGGCCUCUCUAGGGGACAGUGAGGAUGCCUCUCUAGGGGAUGAUGAGGUUGCCUUUUAGAGGAUGAUGAAGUUGCCUUCUAGAAGACAAAGUCACCUCAUCAGCUUCUAGAAGGUGGCCCUCUAGAGGACAGUGAAGUGGCCCUCUAGAGGACAGUGAAGUGGCCUUCUAGAAGUUGAAGUUGCCUUCUGGAAGAUGCUGAAGUUGCCUUCAAGAGGACAAGGAGGUUACCUCUAGAGGAGGAUGAGGCUGCCUCCAGUGGACAGUGAAGUUGCCUUCUGGAAGAGAAGUCACCUGCUAGAGGACAAAGAGGUUGCCUUUCUAGAAGAGGAUGAAGUUGCCUUCUAGAGGAGGAUGAGGUUGCCUCUCUAGAGGACAAGGAGGUUGCCUUCUAGAAGAGAACUCACCUUCUAGAAGAAGAUGAAGUUGCCUUUUAGAAGAUGAAGUUGCCUUCUAGAGGACAAGGAGGUUGCCUCUAGUGGACACUGAGGCUGCCUUCCAGAAGAGAAGUCACCUCCUAGAGGAUAAGGAGGUUGCCUUUCUAGAAGAGGAUGAGGUUGCCUUCUAGAGGUCAAGAUUGCCUCUCUAGUGGACAGUGAAGUUGCCUUCUAGAAGACAAGUCACCUUCUAGAGGACAAGAAAGUUGCCUUUCUGGAGGACACUGAGGUUGCCUUCUAGAAGAUGAAGAAGUUGCCUUCUAGAGGACAGUGAGGUUGCCUUUCUCAAAGGUGAUGAAGUUGCCUUCUGGAGGACAACGAAGUUGCCUCUAGAAGACCUUGAGGUUGCCUUUAUAGAGGUUGAUAGAGAUGAUCUGAGAGGAACACUUCUGUCUGUGCUGCCACCCAGCCCAAAGUCUUGGUUGCUUUGGGGUCCUUUGGGUUUGGUGGGGAGAUCUUGGCUGGGCCCAGCUGAGAGAGGAGCCAAGAUCCUGUCAGAUCAAGGCAGAGGAGAGAAAAGAGGCCUCCAACUUCUGGGCCAUAGGUCUGGGAGAAGGCUCUGUUCUCCCCAUGGCUCUGGGAGAAGGCUCUGUUGUCCCCUUGGGUCCAGGAUUGUCCCCAUGGCUCUGGGAGAAGGCUCUGUUGUCCCCAUCAAUACUCUGCAAGGCUUCUACAGGCACUUGGUGACAUUUGGUUGCCCACAUCAAGGCCAGGUUGGAUGAGGUCUGGAGCAGCCUGGGCUCAGUUGGUUGCCCACAUCAAGGCCAGGUUGGAUGAGGCCUGGAGCAGCCUGGGUUAGUGGAAGGUGUCCCUGUCCAUGGCAGGCUGGUUGGAACUGGAUGAUCUUCAAGGUCCCAUCCUUGCCUUGCUGCUUCAACCCACCCAAAGGCAUCAGAGGGUCCACUCAUGCCCGAAAGGGCUUUUUGCUGGCCUGGGAAAUCUUCUCUCUGCCAGCCCCCAGCAGCCUCAGGUCCCACUGAAGGGCUGCUGAGGUUGGGCCAUGCUAGGGAGCAUCAGGCAGGGCUGGCAGCUGGAUGUAUCCCACCAGCUCCACUGGCAGGGGAGGUCUUGGUCUGCUGCCCUCAUGGAGGAAAGCCAAAAGCUGUGGAAGGAAGACAAGAGAAUGGAGGUCAACCAUGCUGGGAGGGCUGGAGGACCUGAGCUGGGUGAGGCCAGGUUGGGAGAGGAGCCUGGAGAGGAACCUGGAGAAGGCUCCAGGGACACCUUCUGGUGGCCUUGCAGGACUGGAAGGGGCCCAGAAGAAGGCUGGGGACAGAGUUUCUGAGCAGGGUCUGUUGGACCAGGCCAAGGAGAAGCUUUGCAGUUAGAGCUGAGGAAGUUCUUCAGCGUGAGGGUGCUGAGAGCCUGUGCCAGGCUGCCCAGACAGGCAGUGGGAGAUGCCCCCUGGCUGGCACCAGCCCAGGGCAGGUUGGUUUGGGGCUCUGAGCUCCCUGCUCUGCUUGGUGCUGCAGGGAGGGGGUUGGACCAGAUGGCCUUGGAGGUCACUUCCAACCAUGGCAUGAGCCCAGGUGGCCUUCAGUAGCUGCUCCCUCUCUGGACUUUCUCUCUUCCUCCUCCUCCUCCUUUGGCCAUUCCCAGGCAAAAGAACUCAACCCAACUUGGUCCUUCAGAGCUGCCCAGCAGAGUAUUCAUUGGGGACUCUUGGUGGCCACAGAGGCCUUCAUCCAUGGUGGAGGCCGUGGAGGUUGGCCACCUCCAACUCACAGGUGACCCUUGGUGGCCACAAGGACCUUUAUCCAAGGUGGUGACCCCAGGGGUUGGCCAUCUCCAACUCGUUGAAGACCCUUGGUGGCCACAGGGACCUUCAUCCAAGGUGGAGGUCAUGGAGGUUGACCAUCUCCAACUCACUGAGGACCCCUCGUGACCACAGUGACCUUCACCCAAGGUGGAGGCCACGAAGGUUGACCCAUGAGGACUCUUGUGAGGACAAAGCAACCAAAGGAGGCCCAAGGGGAGGCCAAGCCUCACGAAUCUCCUCCAGGAGAAGGCUUUGGAGUGCCCAAAGCUCUUUUCCUGCUGUUUGAAUGUUUCUCCUUGAAGGAAAACAAAACCCAACCAAGUGAGGACCUCUUUUCUGCCAGGGCUUUGGUGGAGCUCUGAGAGGACCUCUCUGGAGCUUCACUUCUGCUUCCAAGAAGAUUUUUUUUUUUUACUUUAAGAAAAAGAAGGAAAAAAAAAAAAGAGAGAGAAAAAAUCUA